AGGAGGAAGGGCCGUGGCUUCAUCAGCUGUUACUGAGCAUGCGCGGUUCGUGCGCAUGCCCAGUGCACACCCCAAGCCGCCCAUCCCCGUGGUGAGCCGUGUCCUGCCCCGGCCCGUGGCGAGGCGGCGCCGGGACCCUGCCCAGCCCGGAGCGGGAGCGGAGCUCGGCCGGGCCGGGCCGGGCCCGCUGGAGAAGCCCCGCCCGCCUCCCCGGGGGGGCCAUGGCCGAGCGGGCCGCUGCCCAGCUAGAUCCUGGUUCUAUCUCUGGCUCAGUUUUCACUUGCUGUCCUUGCAAACAGGACAAAACGGACUCGCAGCAACAGGGUGUGAUGCCUUUCCAACCCCUUGCCGUCCCGGAACAAACUGUGAGAGAAACUCAGCUGGGCACAGCAGCGAUUUCCCUGGCUGUAAUGACUUCAGUCCAAGCCCUGGAGAGGAAGGUGGAGGCUCACACCACAGGGUGGCUGAACCUGGAGGGGAGAACGGGGAUGACUGAGAAGAAACUAAUAGACUGUGAGAGGACAGUGGUGGAGUUUGGGAACCAGCUGGAGAGUAAGUGGGCCGUGCUGGAGACUCUGAUCCAGGAGAAUAAUCUGCUGCAGAGGAGGCUGGAGAACGUGGAGAACCUGCUGAAGAACAGGAACUUCUGGAUCCUGAGACUCCCCCCAGGCACUAAAGGGCUGGUCCCCCAGGUGCCGGUGACGUUCGAUGACGUCUCAGUGUAUUUCAACGAGCAGGAGUGGGGGAGCUUAGAGGAAUGGCAGAAGGAGCUUUACAAGAACGUGAUGAAGGGGAAUUAUGAGACUUUGAUCUCGCUGGAUUAUGCCAUUUCCAAGCCUGACAUCUUAGCCCGUAUUGAACAAGGGGAAGAGCCAUGUAUCCGGGAUCAGCAGGACUCAGAGAGAGUAGAAAUCCCCGUGGAGCCUUGCACAGGGCCGGAAUCCCCCAGGUUGACAAGUGACGCUCUGUCAAAGAUCAAACAAGAGGAGGAGCCACAUGUGCAGGAUCAAGGUGCCUUGGAGGAAAGUAAAAUCCCAGCAGAACACCCACACUGCAGCCCAGCAGAUGUUCCUCAUGGCUUCCUACCAGUCCUAACCAACUGCAGGCAGUUAAUCCCUCCCAUCACCCGUCCUUCCUCCGAGUGUUCGGAGGACUCAGUGAAGCAGAGCCGGUCUCCUCCUCUUCCCUCUGACGAAGCUGUUGAUGAAGGGAUUGUGAUCAAAACCGAGGUGCAGCAAGUGGAGGAUGUGCCAGGGAUGGCGCUGGAGAGAGCACAAGAGGAAGCUGUCGUGGGAUCCUGGGAGCGUGUCCAGGACCCUGGGGAGGAACUUUCUGAAAACCUGCAGGUGCUGGGGACGAUGUUGGGAGGAUUUGAAGAGGAGGAUUUCCAGGAUCCUGAGGAGGUAACAGCCCAGGAGGUUGCAUGCAGCUCAGUAACACAGCAGAGAAGCCACACAGAGAGCAGGACAGUGACCUCCGCUCACCGGGGUGGGGCCCUGAUCCACCACCAGAGAAAGAGCACUCGGGAGAGACUGUUUGUCCACCAGAAGGGCCAUGCAAACGAGCUGGUGUACGAGUGCACACGCUGUGGGGAAAGUUUCAGAGCCAAGCAGAAAUUUCUGCUGCAUCUGCGACACCAGACAGCUGCGGGGGCCUGCACGCUCUCUGCUCCUCAGGAACGUUCAGGCCAAGCGGCUCCCCCUGAGUCCCAGCCCCGAAGCCAGACGGAAGACGGUUCCAGCGGUAUCACCAAACGGCUCAAGAGACUGGGUCACAAAUCGAGUCUGAGCAAAUUCCAGCCGCCUCCUGUGCAAAGGACGUACACGUGCAGGGAGUGCAUGGAGCACUUCUCUAAGAGGAGGUAUCUCGUCGUGCACAAAAGGAUGCACGCUGACCGCAGCAAGGGGUCGCUCAUACUGUGUCCAUACUGCAGCAAGAGCUUCACCCGUCCCUCUGACCUCAUCCGGCACCAGAGGAUCCACACCGGGGAGCGGCCCUACCAGUGUGCCCAGUGUCACAAAACCUUCAACCGGCACCACCACCUCGUGGACCACCAGAAAAUCCACAUGGAGAGAGAGAGGCCCUAUCAAUGCAGCGAGUGUGGGAAGACCUACAUCCGCAUGCAGCACCUCCUCAAGCACAAACACAGCCACAGGAAGAAGAAAUCGUAACAGGCGAGAGAGCCGGUCUGCAGAAACACUGAGGGGUCAGCGGGGCAAUCUGCAGGAGGGAGACGCUGAAUGGGCCAACAGCUUCCAGUGUGAAUAGCUGCCCCUGGCCUGCCCAUGCUCACAGCCAGCCAAGCUGGGGGGCUGCGCAGGUGUAGCCAAGGGGAGGAUUGGUCUUUGAUUUUUAAUGAGCUACGGCCAAUUCACCUGGGAGACUAGGGGGUCUGUUGAUUUCACCUUAUCCUGCUAAGGCAAUUAAGGCCAAGCCCUGGUGCGUCAGUGCCGAUGGUAAACCCAGGCGUGACAAUCCAGCCAGAUUUGUUCCUGGAUAAGAGGUUACAAUAAAGUGACUGCACUGCAGCAGGACGUCACGAUCGCAGGAGCAUGAACUGGCAGCAAAUGAAUAUUGAAGUGAAAAGCUCCGGUUUUAAUGGGACAAUACAAAUGGAUGGAGCGUGGCGGGUGGCUUGCAGCAGCGGAUAAGUGACUCCUGUGUUCAGCGUUUAAUACGUGUCAGUAUUUAAACAGAUUCCAAAGCCGGGCGGGCACAUUGGGGUCACCUGGUCUGACCGCCUGUAUAACGCACACCACGUGACUUCGGCUGAAAUAGAGCAACUCUUUUUUUUUGUUUUACAAAAUAGCCCUGUCUUGAUUUAAAAUUGUUAAUCACCUGGGAACCUGGGGCUCCUCCUUCGGAGGCAGGGCUGGGCUGAGAGGAGAGGGCCCUGUGUUGCUCACGCGCUGUGAAGCCAGGUGUUAGUUUGCCGGUGCAGGGUCCUGGCGCAUGUGUGCUGCCAGGGCUGUGUGUGGUAAAAGCCGCCAGCGGCCCGGGGUGGGGGUGGGGGUGGGGGUGUUUGCUUGAUCCUGCACUCUGUCCCCUCCAAACGCCCACUGAGCCCAGGGAGCCUGGAGCCUGGCAGCAGGUUCCCCUGCUCCGCCUGACCUCCCUGUGCAGUGAGAGUGUGGGGAACCCUCCCCUCCCCUCUGCAGGGCUGUGAAAGGAGACGAGGUGGGGGCUGGAGCCAGCUCGGGAUGCCAAUGGGCAUGGGGGAGAAUAAGCCGGGGUGGGGGGAGGAGGGGAAGACAGGAUGACAGAGCAAAGGAAGAACAGGGUGGGAUGGGGGUGGUAAGAAUAGGGGGACAGAGCAAGAGGAAAGGAGAGACGUAGAGGAGGGAAGCAAAGAGCAGGGCUGUGUAGAGAUGCGACAAAAGGGGCCAGGCUGGAGGUUUAUAAAACAAGGAAGGGGCAGGAGCAGGUGCCUUGGUGCACCUGGUCACCCUGAUGGAAGAACAGGGAGCUGCUAAGGGAAAGGCAGAGGCAGCCCCUGGGCAAGGGAAACGUUCCUUUACAAAGCAAUUAGCCCGCGGGACCCCGCGCCACAGGAACUCGCUGGCGGGGAGGAGGCAUUAGGAUGCGGCGUGGCAGGCAGCCUGUCUCUCAUUUCUGGUUUCCUGGCCUAGGUGUGAGUCCGGGGGAGGCGGCAUUGGCUGGUGAGGGCGGCGGUAGAUUUGGGGAGACAGAAUGAGGGAGCUGCCCUGGCCCCGGCUACAGGCCAGCAGCCCCCGGUUCCCCUUGCUGCCCUGGUACUGACUGGAUUCCCCCGCCCCUGAAGGUGCCAGGAGCAGGCUCCGGCCCUGCUGCGCCCCCACGCGCCCUGCCUUGGCCCUGGCCCCCUCAGGCACCACCUGCGCUGCUGGGUCCCAGCGACCUCCCGCCAGGAGGGGCUGCUAGUGUCCCGCUCCCGGGCCCUGGGAGCCAGGGUUCAUCUUCAAUAUACUUCUGUGCUGGUGCGAUCUCUGACCAUUACAGUUCAGCAGCUCAGCAGGCAGGCACAGGCAGCAAUGCACUUGUCCUGUUGCCUUGACUGAGAGAGGGGGAGGGUAGAUUUCAGCCAGCUCCUGGGGUAAUAUCUCACUGGAGAUGAAAGGGCUUGUUCAGAGAGAGAUUCCGAAGCCUGUAGAGUGAAGAUGAGCUAGAUGGGUUUGUCUCCAUGCAGCUAUAUUUUAUUCUCUGGGGGCUGGGUAGCUACUGGGACUAGAUUUCAAGAGAUGAAUUCCUACUUCUUUCAUCCCAGGAAACAAGAGAUGUAAGAAU